UUCUCCAACCAGACAAACCCACUGAACCAAAAUGAGCCCCAAUUUCUCUGCUCCGCCUCUCAUCCCCGGCCUACCUGAAGAACUCGCCGUGCACUGUCUCCUCCACUUGCCUUUCCCUUACCACUCCCUUGCCCGCUCCGUCUCCUCCCCAUGGAAUCGCGCCCUCUCGAGCUCCGCCUUUCUCAGCUCCAAAUCCCUCCUUGCCCACCUCUUCGUCUUCGCCUUCGACCCCUCUAAUCUGGGCUCUCAAUGGCAAUCGCUUGACCCUCGCUCCCUCCGAUGGUUCCACCUUCCCUCGAUGCCCUCGCCUCCUGACUCCGGUAGCACCCCGGCUUGUCCCCCGGCCUUUGCCUUUGCCUCUAUUCCACGCUCCGGCGAGCUCUUUGUUCUCGGUGGACUCCGAUCUGACACCCACACCCCUUUGCGGUCUGUCAUGAUGUACCGCGCCGGGACCAACUCGUGGUCUGUGGCGGAGCCGAUGAUCAAACCGCGGGCCUUCUUCUCCGCUGGGGCUAUUGAUGGACGAGGAAUACUCGCCGUGGGCGGAGACGGUGGGACAGAUAGCGUGGAGAGGUGGGAGCCCGGAGGGCGGUGGCGGCCAGCGGCGGGCAUGGGAUUGGAAGGAAUCGGGAGGUACGACGCGGCGGUGAUGGGUUCGAGGAUGUAUGUAACGGAGGGCUGGCGGUGGCCGUUCAGCUUCACGCCGCGGGCGGCGGUCUACGACGGUAAGAGAGACGAGUGGGAGGAAAUGCGGGAGGGGAUGAGGGAAGGAUGGACGGGCUCGAGCGCCGUCGCCAUGGGAAGGCUCUUCGUCGUCUCAGAAUUCGGCGACGCUCGUGUGAAGGUCUACGACGAGGACAAAGAUGACUGGGAUGCGGUGGACGGAGGCGGCGUUCCGUCUGAAAUCCGGCGGCCGUUCACCGUCAGUGGGUCGGAGGAGGGGACGAUUUAUGUGGUGGGGAAAGGGCUAGAUGUUGCGGUGGGAGAGAUUAUUGCGCUAAGGAAGGAGGAGGGAAAUGGAUGGAAGGUGGAAUGGAAGGUGGUGAAGGGGCCGCCGGCGUUUCGUAUGUUGUCUCCUUGCUGUUCGUUGAUACUAUAUGCAUAGAAAUUAAUUGGGUUGAUCUGCUCUCCUUUUACCAUUAUAAUUAUGUAUAAAAUUUUGGAAGAAGUUAUUUUACUCUAUACUUUUGUAAAGAAAUUUUUGUGUAUCAUUUGAAAUUAAUAAUUUAUUGAUAUUU